AAAUCCAGCCAUCAUUAUAUUCAAUGGUUUUAUUCCAAGUAGAAUACUUUUUCAAUCAGAAUAUUCUGUUUCGUUUUCCAUGCACAUCCAGUCUACACUCUUCAGUGACAAUUCUUGCUCCCGUGCAGGGCAGCGAACAGUAAAUGCGCUACAAAGAACCUACUAGAUAUACCGUUGCGCGCUGUAGGUUAAUUUAGUUUUCCAUAAUACCAUAGACGCACCCUUCUCCAUUGCACACUGAAUUCAAAGCGAUCGCGUCGCUCACUAAAAAGUAGCACAAGAACCUAUGCUCCCGUAACCCGCCCGGUCACCUUUGAGGACAGGAUAAAUCACGUCAUCCUGCACGACAGCAGAUUGACAAAUAUAGUUUUAAAUCUGUCGGAAGAAAUUCCUUUCAUUCAGAAGUCAGCUUUCAUUUUCAAGACGACUUUCGUAUUCGCUUUUCUGCGUCUCUUUUAACAUAUCUAUGGAAAUCACAUUGAUUAGUAGUUUCAUAACGAAGGCAAGUGUAAUGGUUUUAUUAUAAGAUUAACUAUGGGUGCUAAUAUCCUGGAAUCUAAUAUAAGCACCAACUUCACUCCCGGCGGCUACACGGGGACAGUCCACGAAACUGGAGGGGCUCACCCGGGCUAUAUGAUGGUGAUUCUUGCCGUGCUUAUGAUUAUUCUGGUAGUCGUGGUUGUGGCUGGCAACGCACUUGUUAUCCUGGCUUUCAUUGUUGACAAGAGCCUACGAAAUCAAAGCAACUACUUCUUCCUCAACCUUGCCAUUUCUGAUUUUCUUGUUGGUGCAUUCUGCAUCCCUGUAUACAUCCCCUACAACCUGACAGGCCGCUGGGUGCUAGGCAGAGGUCUCUGUAAGCUGUGGCUCCUCAUGGACUACUUGCUCUGCACUGCCUCUGUCUUCAACAUAGUCCUCAUCAGCUAUGACCGGUUCCUCUCCGUCACCAGAGCAGUGAAAUAUAGAGCUCAGCGGAGCAUGACCCACCAUGCUGUGGUGAAGAUGGUGGCUGUGUGGGUGUUGGCCUUCCUUCUCUAUGGCCCUGCCAUUAUCUUCUGGGAGCUGGUUGUGGGUAAAAGCAUCGUCCCUGCCGACGAGUGUUUCGCUGAGUUCUACUGCACCUGGUACUUCCUACUCAGUGCGUCUACGUUUGAGUUCUUCACCCCCUUUAUCUCUGUGACCUUCUUCAACCUGUGCAUCUACCUGAACAUCCAGAGGAGGAACAAGAGCAGGGCUAUCCGUAAGGAGGACACCAAGGCACACAGGGACAGGGGAAGUCUCAGGGAAGGAGGUGCUACCUUGUCUGUGUUUUUUGUCAAGACUCGCAAGGUAUCAUCGAGUGAGCCAACCGCUGUUUCAGAGGUGAUAGAGGAGGACGAGGAGCUGUCGCCAUCCUCCAGUGGGGAGCCCAGCAGCGGACACACCUUCAUUCAGAGAAACAAGGGCCCUUCCUGCAGGAAAACUUCCAGGCUCCUCCAAUUCCAGGCCCCCAUCGUGCCAUCCAGCAGGAGCUCAGAGGGCUCCCGCCUCUCCCGCGACAAGAAGAUUGCCAAGUCGCUGGCCAUUAUAGUGUGCAUUUUCGGGAUCUGCUGGGCACCUUACACCCUACUGAUGAUAAUACGAGCGGCCUGUAGCGGGCGAUGUGUGGAGCACUACUGGUACGAGGUGACGUUUUGGCUCUUGUGGCUGAACUCUGGUAUUAACCCUUUCCUUUACCCUCUCUGCCACAGCAGCUUCCGAAGGGCUUUUGCUAAGAUACUGUGCCCCAAGCGUCAGUCUGUCCAACCUCACAUUGAGACCCAGUCUUGCUAGUGAUGCAACGUAUGGCUGGCUGGGAGUCACUGGAGUGAGAAGACUACUGCAAAUGGAUAUGGAUUUUUUUCCUCAGGCAUUGUGGAAUGUUGUGUACAUAGCUCAGCCAUGAAUAGGAGUGUGAAACCCUUUUUUAGAUACUCACUUUGGUCUUUGUUAUUCAAAUAUGAUAGAAAAAAUGUUAUUACUGAUAUCCCUGUUUUUUUGUUUCAGACACAUCAAAUCCUUCUAUGUGCCAAGUUUGAAAUUUGCACUUAGAGGGUAAAACCAAGUGUUUGUAUUUACAUUUCAGAAGUGAAUCUAACAAUACUGUAAUAUUGAAAUACUAGUUGUUGUAGAUAUAUUUGUUGUGUUGUUGCUAAUGCAUUCGGGUGUGAAUAGUGUAGGUGCAGAUGCUCCUAGGACUGGGAGGAAAUCUCAAAUCUUAUCAGUGCUUCGUGUCUCUGCCAGUUAUAGAUCUGAAUGGUACUGGUAUACUUGUAAAUGUGCUAUGUAGAAAAAGAUUUUCAGUGAAAUGUGAAAGAAUAGUUCAGUGUAAUACCAAAUCAAGUGUUCCUUGGUGUGUGUGUGAUUUCCAUGUGUUUACCCCUACUUCUACAUCACUUUGUUGCGAACAUGGUGAUGACACAUAGGUAAUAUACAGAUGUAGGAUCUUAAUUUGAGCCAGUUUGCUAGAGCAGGAAAAUAAUAAUGCAGCAACAGGAAAUGUGAAUGAUGAUGCAAAUUAUAAUUAAUGGACAUUUUGGUAGGGGUUCAUACAUUUUUCAUAAGGGUAAAUCAAGUCUUCAAUUUCAAUGUGGAAAUUACAAACUUCAGAAGCCUUUUUACACCAUCUGUCAUAAAAAGAAAAGGGGACAGUUUGAUGCAAAAUCUUUAAAUAAAGGUUAGAAUCUAAUAACAAUAAAGGUUUUAAAAGAAAUAAGGGUUAGAAAAUCUAUACAUAAUACCCCAUAAUGACAAAGUGAAAACAGGUUUUUAGAAAUUGUUGCAAAUGUAUUACAACUCAGAAAUACCUUAUUUACAUAAGUAUUCAGACCCUUUUCUAUGAGACUCGAAAUUGAGCUCAGGUGCAUCCUGUUUCCAUUGAUCAUCCUUGAGAUAUUUAUACAACUUGGAGUCCACCUGUGGUAAAUUCAAUUGAUUGGACAUGACUUGGAAAGACACACACCUGUCUAUGUAAGGUCCCACAGUUGAUAGUGCAUGUCAGAGCAGAAAUCAAGCCAUGAGGUCGAAGGAAUUGUCCGUAGAGCUCCAAGACAGGAUUGUGUCGAGGCACAGAUCUGGGGAAGGGUACCAAAACAUUUCUGCAGCACUGAAGGUCCCCAAGAACUCAGUGUGGCCUCCAUCAUUCUUAAAUGGAAGAAGCUUGGAACCACCAAGACUCUUCCUAGAGCUGGCCGCCCGGCCAAACUGGGCAAUCAGAGGAGAAGGGCCGUGGUCACUCUGACAGAGCCCCAGAGUUCCUCUGUGGAGAUGGGAGAACCUUCCAGGACAACCAUCUCCGCAGCACUCCACCAAUCAGGCCUUUAUGGUAUAGUGACCAGACGGAAGCCACUCCUCAGUAAAAGGCGUAUGACAGCCCGCUUGGAGUGUGCCAAAAGGCAAUGAGAAAAAAGAUUCUCUGAUCUGAUGAAAUCAAAGAUUUAACUCUUUAGCCUGAAUGCCAAGCGUCACAUCUGGAGAAAACCUUGCAUGGUGGUGGCAGCAUCAUGCUGUGGGGAUAUUUUUCUGCGGCAGGGACUGGGAGACUAGCCAGGAUUGAGGCAAAGAUGAACAGAGCAAAGUACAGAGAGAUCCUUGUUGAAAACCUGCUCCAGAGCGCUCAGGACCUCAGACUGGGGUGAAGGUUCACCUUCCAACAGGACAACAACCCUAAGCACACAGCUAAGAGAACGUAGGAGUCUCUGAAAAUCCUUGAGUGGCACAGCCAGAGCCCGGACUUGAACCUGAUUGAACAUCUCUGGAGUGACCUGAAAAUAGCUGUGCAGCAUCACUCCCCAUCCAACCUGACAAAGCUUGAGAGGAUAUGCAGAGAAGAAUGGGGGAAACUUCCCAAAUACAGUUGUGCCAAGCUUGAAGUGUCAUACUCAGGAAGACUCGAGGCUAUAAGCGCUGCCGAAGCUGCUUCAACAAAGUACUGAGUAAAGGGUCUGAAUACUUAUGUAAAUUUGAUAUCAGUUUUUUAAUUUUAAUACAUUUUAAAUAAUUUCUAAAAACAUGUUUUGCUUAGUGAUAGUGUGUGUAGAUUG